AUGACGACUCAGGACUUUAACCCUGCCGAGAAGAUAUGUGCGCUCAUCAAUUACGAAGACCCUUACGUCCAACCCCUCAUUCUCGCCGCACUGAAGAAACAACUCCCGGAAUCAGCCUACGAGCUCAUAACCUCACUCUCCCAACUUCCCAGUCCAUCUUCUCGUCUCCUCCAAUGGGUGCAAUAUGAGUCUAUCGACUUCGACCACCUCAUGGAACAUUCUUCUAGCAGCCUCGCCAACGCCUAUGUAAUCCGUAAAGCGCUGAUCCGGAAACACUACCUCAGCACCACAAUCGCCAACUGGAUUACCAAGUACCCGGAUAGUGUGUUGCAGAAGCACGUCAAGCCUAGUGUAGAAUUUGAAGUCGACUAUGCUGAGUUCCUGGACGAUGCGCUGGUUGAAGCGUGGGAGUUAAAGGAGAGCUGGGCAAGGAACGAGGAGCUAGAUGGUGACGAUGAAGAAGACAUGAAAAAGAGGGAGUGGUGGAUCUUGAAACCAGGGAUGAGUGAGAGAGGGCAGGGAAUUCGGUUGUUUUCGAGCGAGGAGGAACUGACAAGUAUUUUCGAAGAAUGGGAUCCUGAGAGCGAUGACGAGGAAGAGGAGGAUGCAAGAAGUGAUGCUGGUAUCCCCACCGACGAUCAACGCAAACAACCGGACGAAGAAGGAAACGGCAUCAUAACAUCCCAACUCCGCCACUUCAUCGCUCAACCAUACAUACACCCCCCUCUCCUUUUAUCCCCACCCAACACCUCAUCCUCCUCCCCUUCAACUCUCCGCAAAUUCCACAUCAGAACCUAUGUUCUAGCAACUGGCGCCCUACAGGUCUACGUAUACCGCCCUAUGCUCGCCCUCUUCGCCGCACGCUCAUACAUUCCUCCCUGGGACGCCGUACUCCAGGAAAACCGCGAUGAAGCCAUGAAAGCACAUCUCACAAAUACCUGCCUCCAGGAAUCUGGGGAUAGAGAGGGUAGUGUGGGUCUGUUCUGGGAGUUGCCUGAUGAGAUGCCUACACAGCCCAACCUCGCAGGAAAGUUGGAUGUAGGGAAAGAUUGGAAAGACAAGAUCUUCGCCCAAAUCCAGACCACGACAUCGCAAACUUUUGAAGCGGCGGCAAGGGGUAUGUCGAUUCAUUUCCAACCGCUGCCGAACAGCUUUGAGAUCUUUGGCCUGGAUUUCAUGGUCGGUAUCGAACCGAACGGAGAAUUAAAUACUUAUCUUUUGGAAGUGAAUGCUUUUCCGGAUUUUAGGCAGACAGGAGAUGAGUUGAGUGGGAUGAUUGAGGGGCUUUUUGAGGGAGUGGUUCGGAGGGCGGUUGUACCGUUUUUGGAAGGUGCGGAGGAGAAGGGUGGAGAGGAGGAUGGGAUGGUGAAGGUGUUGGAUAUUGACCUGGGACGGCGGUGA